AUGAAAGUAGAAGAGCUAAUUAUUGACGGAUUCAAGUCUUACGCAACAAGAACAGUUAUUUCGGGAUGGGAUCCGCAGUUCAACGCAAUCACCGGGCUCAAUGGGUCAGGCAAGUCGAAUAUCCUGGACUCCAUCUGCUUUGUGCUGGGGAUCUCCUCGAUGGCGACGGUGCGGGCGCAGAAUUUGCAGGACCUGAUCUACAAGCGGGGCCAGGCAGGGGUGAUAAAGGCAAGCGUGACGAUUGUGUUCGAUAACUCGGACCCGUCCAGCUCGCCGUUUGGUUUCGAGACGUAUCCAAAAAUCUCGGUGACGCGGCAGAUCAUUCUGGGGGGCACGAGCAAGUACCUGAUCAAUGGGCAUCGCGCACAGCAGCUGACGGUGCUGCACCUGUUCCAGUCUGUGCAGCUGAACAUCAACAACCCAAACUUCCUAAUCAUGCAGGGCAAAAUCACUAAGGUGCUGAACAUGAAGCCCGAUGAGAUUCUGGCGCUCAUCGAGGAGGCAGCAGGUACGCGAAUGUUCGAAGACCGGAGGGAGAAAGCUGAGAAGACGAUGGCCAAAAAGGAGACCAAACUGCAGGAGAUCCGUGCACUGCUGCUCGAGGAGAUCGAACCGAAACUGAAUCGAUUGCGAAACGAGAAACGCGCGUUCCUUGAGUUCCAACAGACACAGACCGAUCUUGAGAAGACGUCGCGGAUUGUGAACACUUAUGACUACCAGACACUUGUACAGAAACGCUCCUCGAUGCAGGAACGGCUGCAGAGUGAUCAGAAACGCAUAAAGGAUCUUGAGUUCAGCGUCGAAAAGUACCGAGACGAAAUAUCAACCUUGACGGAAGAUUUUGAAAGCAUACGGCGACAGAAGGAAAAGCAGCUUCAGAAAGACACUACGUUGCAGACUCUGGAGGCCAAAGAGAACAGUCUCUCAACAGAACUUUCGCGUGUAACUGCAGCGCUUGGUAUCACAAGAGAUGAUCUGGCAGACGAGCAGCGAAAUCUGUCUGCUUUAAAUCUGUCAAUAGCUAAAUCCGAACAGGAACUGACGUCCUUAUCGAAGACAUACUCAGAAACAGAGAACGAAUACGUCGUCCUGAAUGCAGAGAUUGAGAAACUCAAAACCAUCUGCAGGAACAAGGAGGAACUUUUAUCUACUUUGACGACUGGUAUUUCAUCAACAGGGACCACCGAGGGUGGAUAUACUGCUCAACUGAAUAAUGCUAAGCUACAGCUGAACGAGGCACAGAUAGCUGUAAAAAAAGUCGAAAUGCGUAUUACAAUGCUACGUAAGGAACUGGCGACUAAUGAACCUUUACUAGAACGAGCAAAGAAAGAAAACGAAGUAAAGCGUGCUGAGCUAUCUGAGAACAAAAGCCAUGUGGAAAGACUACAAGAAUCGCUAACUGCUUCGGGAUUUAAACCUGAGCUUCUAAAACAGUUGAAACAGAAGGAAGCAGAACUAAAGACAGAAUUGUACGCAAUCUCUACUGAUGCAGAGUACUUGAAGCGUAAAGUUGCGAAUUUAGAGUUUUCAUAUUCUCCACCUUCUAAAGAGUUUAACCCUAAGUCCGUGAAGGGAAUUGCUGCGCAAGUAUUCACACUGUCCGAAGAAAACUUUGAUAGCGCAAAUGCUCUUCAGGUUUGUGCAGGAGGCAGGCUAUUUAAUGUCAUAGUCGACAAUGAGAAGACGGCAUCCCAGCUUUUAGAAAGAGGCAGACUACGGAAGAGAGUAACUAUCAUUCCAUUAAACAAAAUAUCUGCAAGAGUGAUAAACACUGACGCGCUGAAUAAAGCAAAAUCUUUAGCUCCUGGUGCGGUGGAACUGGCCCUUAAUCUGAUUGGAUAUGAAGCCGAGGUUGCGCGUGCAAUGGAAUUUAUUUUCGGUGGUAGUUUGAUUUGCAGAGACGCAGCAACAGCUAAAAAGGUUACCUUCCAUCCACAAGUUAGAGCUAGGAGCAUUACUCUGGAUGGUGAUAUUUAUGACCCGGAAGGCACGCUGUCCGGAGGAAGCAGGAGCCACACGAGUUCCCUUUUGAUCGAUAUACAAAAAUACAACGAAGCUGCUAAACAGAUGAUGGUACUCGAGAAAGAGUUAUAUCAAGUACAGGCCAAUAUAUCUGAACAUGAAAAUGCUUCGCGGAUGACGAAGUCUUUACAGAAUGAGUUAAAUCUUGCGAAACACAAGUGUCAGCUCGCGGAAAACGCUUUAGACUCUAAUCCAGCGGCCCAAAUCAUUAAGAGGAAUGGAGAAAUUCACAGGGAAAUUGAAGCCAGUGAGAAUGAUAGGGAUCAACAAACUACAAGAGUCAAUGCACUCCAGAUGGAGAUUCUUAGAAUCCAGCGGGAUAUGGAUGAAUUUAACACUGACAAAGGUUCCAAGUUGGACCAAUUGAAGGCUGAGAUCAGGGACCUGAAACGUAGCCUAUCUGAAAACGAGGAAGUGAUUGAAAAGAAGUAUGAUCUUUAUCAGAAUUUGCAAAUGGAAACUGAACAGUUGCAGAAUGACGUUGUGACAAUGAAACAAGAGCUUGUGGAAAAAGAACAACUUUUACAGAGUCUUGAAGAGAGAAUUACAAAGCUCGAGAGAGAUGUAUUAUUGAGAAGUAACGAUCUUGAAUCUGUGCAGCGUGACUUGAACGAAGAGAGAAACAAACUGCUUCGUAUUGACGAGGAAAUUGAAGAGCUCACCUCCUUAAUCAGAGAUAAAUCUAAAAAAAUGUCAGAAAGUGAAUUAGAGUACCAGAAGCUGACCGCAGAAGCCAACAAAUCCAAAUAUAAUGCAGAGAAGAUUGAAGAAGAAAUCAAGGCCCUAAAAGAUGAAAAUAGUUGGUUAAGUGAUGCUGGUCUGGUGGCCAACAUUCUUAACCAGAAUGAGGGCAUAAACUUAGAGGAGUACCGCGAACGUGCCAAACAACUUCAGGAAAAAUUCCAGGGUAUGAGAAGGAAGGUUAAUCCCAACAUUAUGAGUAUGAUAGAGAACGUCGAGAAAAAAGAAGCUGCUUUGAGGACCAUGAUUAAGACUAUUGAAAAAGACAAAAUGAAAAUUGUUGAGACAAUAGAGAAGCUUAAUGAAUAUAAGCGCGAUGCCCUAGUGAAAACUUGGGAGAAAGUAAAUGUGGAUUUCGGUAACAUUUUUGCCGAGCUCUUACCCAACUCAUUCGCUAAGCUGGCAGCGAUAGAAGGAAAAGAUGUUACUGCUGGGUUGGAAGUGAAAGUAAAACUUGGGACACUUUGGAAGGAGAGCUUAGUCGAACUGUCAGGUGGCCAGCGGUCUUUAAUUGCUCUUUCGUUAAUUUUAGCUCUCCUGCAAUUCAAGCCGGCUCCUAUGUAUAUUUUGGAUGAAGUUGAUGCCGCGCUAGAUCUGAGCCACACACAAAACAUUGGCCAUCUUAUCAAGACAAGGUUCAAAGGUUCGCAGUUUAUUGUGGUAUCCUUGAAGGAAGGCAUGUUUACUAAUGCCAAUAGAGUGUUCAAAACAAGGUUCCAAGACGGAACAUCUGUUGUUAGUGUAUUGUAA